GUGUUACACGUGUGUAUUUGGUUCUGUGAAAGUGUUGCUGUCUGCAUGUAUCGUUUAACGGUUUCACGGAUGCUUGCUUUGUCAUAAAGAUUACGUCAUGGUUGUGAAGAAGAAAGUACCUAAAGUGCAGGCUAUAGUCUUGGAUGAUGCCAGGUUAAAGAGUCUGAUGGAUGCUCUAUCUGUUGUGGGUGAUAGGACAUCCACACAUCUUGCUCAGGUUCUCAAAGACAGUCUGUCCUCCUCUGAGCCUGUAGAGCAGAUCCAGCUCAUCUCUAAGGCAGGAUCCAUGCUGGAGCAGUUGGGAGAGGAUGAUGAGUCUCCUACAGGUCCUUUACUGCAAGCUUGCUUAAACACACUGACGUUCUUAUACAUCACACUGCCAGUCAAGAAUCCACUGAAGAGAGCCGUAGCAAGUGCAAUAGCUAGCAGUCCAGAUUGGCUACAGGAGCAGACUGUUGGGUGUCUAUCUGAGUGCCUGUCUGCCUCAUUCAUCGUGAGCACAGAUCAAUAUCCUCACCUGACGGAUUGCAUCACUUCCUGUCUGGAUCGCUUUCCCAUUGGUGAGAAAUGCAUUCAUCGUUUGCUAACAGAAGUUCUCCAGUUCCUUCAGCGAGUUUUGAGUUAUUAUGUGGAGCAGAACAGUGGUCUUGCUGGUCGUCACGUGGCUCAGGCUCAGUUGAUGCAGUCCUGUCUUGCAGCGGUGAAGACCUCCAUGCUGGUGGUCCAGAGAUCUCAAGAGCCCAUUAGUGCAGCACUGCUUUCAGCUUCAAACCAUUGCGAUCUACAGCAAGCACUCUGUGGAUUACUGAGAUGCUACUCAUCUAUAUUGACUGAUGAGGAGUUUGUUCAGGCAGUUCAGAGCACUGCAGGGAUGGCUGUUGUCCUGCUCAUUAGAUCUGUUAUGGGAAAUGGAGAUGAUGUACCUGUCACUGUUGCAGGUCUCCUGCAGGGUAUGGAUGAGGAGAACGACACUGCACCCUUGUGGUUGAGUCGGAGCUGUGCGGCGCUGUAUGAGAGGAGCAGACCUGCAGCUGUGGCUCUGUAUCUGAGUCAUGGAGCUCUGGCCAUGAUCAGCUGGAAAGGAAAAACUCUCGGCCCACAGGCGGAGAAACUGCUGCUCCUCAUUCCCGAAAUGCUUCUGUCUUUAGAUGCAAGAGUGAAAGAGUCAAGCACGGUAAUGGUCGUGGCUCGUGUUUUAACUCUUUGGAGCGGCGCUGCGGUCGAUUGUGUCCAGGCGGACACGUGUCCCCCUCUCCUUCGCCUGUCUCUCGUCGGGGGUUCUCCUCUAAUCACACGCCUCCACCACCACGUCUACUCCCAUUGGGAACACCCACUAGACGGGGUACGUCACCAGACUCGCUCCCUGUUCCAGAACCUGCUACUGAUCCACCAGAAUUGCACCGAGCACAGGUCCGAUCCCACCGCCGACCCCUACAUCGCUCAACUUACCCGGGAUCUUCUAGCUCUGGAGUGGCAUAUGAAAGGGAAGUACGGCACCCUGGCCUGUCUGGUGGAGCAUUUAGGAGCAGAGCAUCUUUUGAGGCUUGAUGGUGGUCUUUCAUCCAGGCUGCUGGGUUUGAUGGGAGAUCAGACGUUGGCACCGUACGCCAGCGAUCUGCUGGAGAAGCUAUUUGUGAGUCAUAAAGCCCAGCUUUGUGCCCGGUUUAAAGAUGAUCAUGCCUGGAUGGAAAGAUGGCACGAGGCGUGGGUGACGCCACUCUUGGAGGUGCUGUGUGCAGCCCGGCUGGACCAGACAACUUAUAUAUUGGACUACUUUCUACCCAAGCUGUUGCGCUGUAACCCAUCUAGUCUUAGCCACAUGGUGCAGGCCCUGCAGGAGAUGCCAUCCAGUACAGAGGGAGCGUCUGGUAGCAGAGGUGCAUUGGGUGCUCUGAUGACCUGUCUGCGUGCCGCCAGAGCUCAAGGUGUUCUCAAGUCUCUAGACGAGGAAUUAUGGGAUGGCCUGGUGCCCCUCCCACUAAUGCGACAGGCGUUGGUGCACAAACACGAUCAGGUGCGAAUGGACGCACUCGGUUUGGUUUGCGAGAGCCAUCGCAGCACAGAAACUCUCUCUAAACAGGAAAUGGAGCUGAUCCGACACUUUCUGCCCUUUAAUCUGAACAGCCAAUCACCUGGAGUUAGGCAACAGACGAUCAGCCUGUUUAAGAAGCUCUUGUGUCGGGUGAAGGACAGUGCUCAGCUACUGCACAAGAAACUUGACCAGAAUCCAAAUGACAAAGACCAAGAAAUCCUCCACAUGUACCAGGAGUUCCUGCGCUGGUUUUGCAAAACCCUGUUCCAGGUGCUUCAUCCAGGAGCUUCAUUCUCCAGGUGUCUGAUGGCUCUUCAUCUGCUCGGCCUGAUAGCUGAACAUUUUACCUUUGACACAGGCUCUGUUGGUUUUGCUCUUGGAGAUUCAGUUUGUGACUCUGAUGCUCAAGCUGUACUGAGCUGUAUCUCCAGCAACUUUCUGGAGGUGAAGCAACUCGCCUGCAACCUCUUACAAAAACUGCCUACUGCAGCUGUGCGACUUCAGGAGCCUGAGAGGUUGCGGUCUUUGCUGCAGGCAGCUCUGGACCUCAGCACCAGCACUAAACCCUUUGACAGCGUUACUGCAGCUCAUCUUCUCAACCUGCUGAUCCACCAGCCGGACAUGCACGAUGCGUUACUCGGGUGUAUCCGGAAUUAUCACUUUUCUCUCCAGUUGCCAGCACUAAUCCAGUCCCAGGCCUCUGAGGUCUCCAUACUGGAGAAGAACAUGCUGGAAGUGGUGCGGUGGCUGAUGGCCUGUCUGAAGGAAGAGAUAGGGAAGGCCGAGUCAUCUCUUCUGCAGGCUGCUGCCUCCUAUCCUUUAUAUGGAAGAGCUCACUGUAUUACUGCGGUCUUACAACAGCUCAACACUCGAUCUCUUGUGCUGCUGUCUGAUUGGAGGACUGUAGUCUCAGAGCUCAUAGCUCUGUGUUAUAGGAUGUCUGAUGUUGUAUCACCCGUGGUUCAGAGCUCCUCUCCUGAAGGUCUUAUUCCUAUGGACACAGAUUCUGAGACCUCUGCUGGUCUUCAGAGAAUCCUGCAGGAGAUUCAACCUCGUGACACUAAUGACUUCUUCAGCAGUGCCAGAGAGCUGAACUCCAGUGAGACAGAGCACAAAGACCAUAAACCACAAGCCAGCAACAGCAACAAAGGUAAUGAUGAUGGAGAAGCCUAUCGGGUCACUGCUCAGAUGGUGCUGGUGUGUUGCUGGAGGACCAUGAAGGAGGUGUCCAUGUUACUGGGUCACGUGUGUCAGACCAUGCCACUGUGUUCUCCUGACACACAUGCUGGUGUCAUUACAGAGGACCAGGUAAAGGCUGUAGGAAUGUAUUUUCGGGAGCAACUUUUGCAGUCUCGUCACAGGGGAGCAUUUGAAUUGGCCUACGUGGGCUUUGUUCGUCUUACUGAGAUGCUUUGCAGGAGUGGGAGUGUUGAGCUCCAGCAGCUCCCAGCACACUGGCUGAAGGAGGUUCUCGAGGAGGUGAAAUCCAGCGACCCCUCCUCUAAACUUUGUGCCACCCGCCGCAGUGCAGGAAUACCUUUCUACAUACAGGCCCUGCUGUCCUCUGAGCCGAAAUCUUCAAGCUGUAGUCUUUUGAAGUUGACCAUGAGAUCUCUCACAGCACUGGCCAUGCCCUCAUGUGAUGGAUCCACAGAAAGCAGCACUGUGCCGCAGGUCCACGCUCUGAACAUCCUGAGGUCUCUGUUUCGAGAUACACGACUUGGAGAAAACGUUGUGCCGUUCGUGGCUGAGGGCAUGCAGGCUGCUAUUCUGGGCUUUACUUCUCCUGUGUGGACAGUGAGAAACUCAUCGACUCUUCUCUUCAGCACUCUCAUCACUCGGAUAUUCGGGGUGAAAAAAGGAAAGGAUGAGCAUUCCAAAAAGAACAGAAUGACCGGCCGAGAGUUUUUCACUCGUUUCCCUGCACUUUAUCCCUUCCUCCUCGGUCAACUACAGGAAGCCGCAGCAUCAGUAAACAGUGAUUCAGGGCAGGUGAAACUGCACCCCAGUCUGUUCCUGUUGUUAUUGGUUUUGGGUCGUCUCUACCCAUCCCCUAUGGACGGCUCAUUCUCUCCUCUCGGUCUAGCUCCCUUCAUGCCCUUAAUUAUGAGGUGCGGACGCUCAGCUGUUUACCGCACACGUGAAAUGGCUGCGAGAGCCCUGGUUCCGUUUGUACUGGUGACCCAGGUUCCCACAACCCUCCACACGCUGCUGGAGGAGCUGCCUCAAGAACCUGGAGCAGGAAUCCAACAGAACCACAUACAUGGAACUCUGUUACAGGUGCUGUCGCUGUUUCGUUCCUACCUGACAGACACUCGCAGACCCCAGUUAGGAAGCGGGCAGGACUGUGACAUCUCCCAACUCCUGUUUACGCGUCUGUGGCUCGCCACAAGAAGGAAUCCAUGUCUGGUGACACGUGGUGCCUUUUUAGACCUGCUGGGUUGUUUUUGUGGCUGCCUUCCUGUUUCUGUACCAGAAUCCCAGCUGAAGAAACUACGAGAAGAAACGCUGCACAUCCUGAUGGUCUCCGAACUUGUGGCACCUGAAGGGGGGUCCGGUGAAAUCAAUCCAGCGGUUCCUGGAGCCACGCAGUACCUGCAAAGUCUGGCCAGCAUAGCUAUCAGCAUCUGUGUGGAUUCACCUCACCUGUGGCAGAGUCUAGAGUCUGAACGGAUACAGAAAGACCUGUUGAUGUGUCUGCUGCAGUGCCAGCACUAUGAGAUUCGAUUGUUUGCCCUGGAACGGCUCCUCGAGAGACUUCAGAGGGCAAAGACGGAGUCCCAAUGUGGCCCUUGGCCCUUUGAGCCGUGUGUGUCGAGUCUAACCCAUCUGGCCCUUCAUGAGACGCACCCUGGGUGUCAAGCCAAGGUUCUGCAACUUCUUGCUCUUCUUCCUCUGUCGUCUGUCUUGGCCUGGAGAGACGGUUCAAGUUUUCUUAGCUGUCAGGAGGUUCUUGUACAUCUCCUCAAACUGGCUGAGACGUCUACACACAGUGUGGAUCUCUACUGUGCUGCUCUUUUCAUGACAUCUCGACUGGUGGUGCAUCUGGUUGAAUCAACAGAGCAGCAGGAGCUCAGUGAAGAUGUAAUGUCCUGCUUCGGUCGAUGGGGGGCGCUGGUCGUGCAGGGCUGCGGUGAGGAGCAACCUGUGGAGGUCAAGAUGAUGUCAGCUGAGGUUCUGGUGAAGGCCGUCCACACCUUACUGACAGCGCCAGCAUUGCCUUUGGGUAUCACACAAACCGUGGCGUUAUGGAAGAGUCUGUUUACAUUAUUACAGGAUGAAGAUCAAGACGUGAGGGACAGAGCCGCUGAAUUCACCUGCUAUAUCCCAGCUCACUUACACGACACGGGUGUUGCAAUGGGUGCCGUCUCUCCUCCUGUUGCCCUGGAGAUGGGGGUGGGCCUCUUGUGCCAGCUCUUCCAGAUGUGGGGUCAGGUGGCUGCUGGAAUUGUAAACUUGACAGAAUGGCUACUGGGAGAUGAACAACUGGAUACACGUUGUGAGGAAUCGUCAGACUUUGAUGAAGAUUUUCUCUUUGAAAAGGGAGAUUUUAACCUAUGGGCAGAACCUAUGUUAUGGGCACGGAUGUUGCACGGACACCUUUCCACCCUUUCAGGUGUGCCACACUCACCUGGCGUAAGUCCUGCAGACCUGGACCGAUUAUCAGCCAUUGCAAAUAGCAACGCUGUGAAUGCCGAGCAGGCAAUGAAAACACUGCCUGCGUUGCCUCAGUUUUCGGCCACCAUCGAGUAUGGCAAAAUAAUGCUGCUGAAAGAGAGGAGCUCACUCGCUCAAAGCAUCGUUCAUACUUUGAGACAAGUAGACACGGCUUAGAUCCUCUGUAAAAUUUAAAGGAAUAGUUUCCUGUUUUUGUGCGUGACAUUGACCACACCUUUUUUAAUUUAAAAUAAAAAGUGUUUUUAAUACAUUCAUUACACUGAGAUUACUUGUGUCCAUUGUUUAUUUUGGUGUAUUGACUGUUUUUCAUGUCACAUAUUCACACGUUGUGCACUUGCAGUAUUGUGUAAGCUGUAGUAUUUUUUAUGCACAACUGGGAUAGUUCUUGGAAACUGGGGAAAUUCUGUCAUCAUUUUCUCA